AGUUUUACCUUUGCGCGAAAUAAUCGGCACGUGCGAGCUCGUUCAUCAUCCCCAGCCCUGCACUUAAGUCAACACCGCACGAGAAGCCUGGGCACUUUCGCCACACGUUUGUGCUGCGCGGCGGUCGGGACCGCUAAACAUCUCCGUCGGAAAGGGAAACGAGGAGAGAAAGAGAGAGCGAAAGAGAGAGAGAGAGGACAUGAACGGAAGGGAGGCAGAAAUCAGACAUGCCAAGCUGUACACACGCGCAGCAGCGCUAUUUUAGGGCGUGCAGAAAGGCGCCAAACAAAGUAGGGUUUACCGGAUAAACGUAAACACUGGUGUUUAUUAUCCCCCCCCCCUCUGGAAAUAUUUCCGCUGCCGGAGAGCGUUGUUUCGCUCGUGUGUUGUGGAAAAGAGGGUUCCGGCGUUGGGCAAACACUGCCCUGUGUGUUAUCUCUUCUUUUCCCUUAUUGUUUGCUGUGGAUAUUACGGGAAGUUCUUGUCUUUUGCAUUUUUUUGUUGUUGUACUUCCGAGGAAAGGUUAAAUGCAAAUUGCGGUUGGAGACUCCGGGCUUUGGUUGGACAACUAAACAGACUUAAAAACGUUGUGUUGCUUUUUUCUCUCUCCCCCUUACAUUGUGUUGUGAGGCUGUGCUGUUUGGUUCACUGAAAUGUGAGCCACUAUGCUGAAGUCGGUACAUGACAAAAACCGCUGCAUCCAGCUGUUUUGUUAGCCGCUACUGUGACGCCUUUUCUUCUUUUUUUGGGGAUUGGAUAUGCAAAGCAAACUUUUUAAGAAUGAAGAGGAGAAAAUUCCCGUAGCACGUCUCUGUCGUCUGCUCGCAUCGCCGCCGCCGUGUACGCUAAACUGGAUCCGUAUUUCAGUGUUUAUUUCCCCCUAAGCCUUCACUUCCAUGUCGCGGAGACGGGAGAGCUGACAUGCGUCUGGGAUGGGGGGUGUAGCCCGGUAACGCACGGUUGCGAAAUCGCCUGAUUAUCACAGCUGAUAGUGAAUGAUUAAAACGUCCGCGCGCAGGUAAGGGAGCCGACUCGUGCCUGCUCGUGCGCCGUGAAACCUCCAGCUCUCAGCUGCUCCGCCGUAGAGCCAGUUCGAGGACUCCGCUUAAACACUUUGUGUGCGGGGGAGUCAGUCAUUUGGAGCCGCUAUGGAGGAGUGGAGACAAUGCGGGAGGUGGUUGAUAGACUGCAAGGUCUUGCCCCCGAACCACCGGGUCGUGUGGCCCUCGGCGGCCGUCUUCGACCUGGCGCAGGCUCUGAGAGACGGGGUGCUCCUGUGCCAGAUGUUGCACAACCUCUCUCCGGGUUCGGUGGACCUGAAGGAGAUCAAUUUCAGACCCCAGAUGUCACAGUUCCUGUGUUUGAAGAACAUCCGGACGUUCCUCAAGGUGUGCCACGACAAGUUCGGCCUGCGCAACAGCGAGCUGUUCGACCCCUUCGACCUCUUCGACGUCAGGGACUUCGGCAAGGUAAUCUCCGCUCUGUCACGGAUCUCCCACCACAGCAUCGCACAAAUCAAAGGCAUCAGGCCCUUUCCGUCAGAGGACACAGCUCUGAAUGAGGAUGAUGUGUACCGGAGCCUUGAAGAGCUGGCAGAUGAGCAUGACUUGGGUGAGGAUGACAUCUACGACUGUGUGCCGUGUGAGGACGAUGGAGAUGACAUCUAUGAGGACAUCAUUAAGGUGGAAGUACGACAACCCAUGAUCAGAUACAUGCAGAAGAUGGGUAUGACAGAAGAUGACAAGAGAAAUUGCUGCUUAGUGGAGAUCCAGGAGACGGAAGAAAAGUACUACAAGACUUUAGAGGACAUUGAGAAGAAUUACAUGAUCCCAUUGAAGCAAGUCAUGAGUCCACAGGACAUGGAGGCUAUCUUUGUCAAUCUUGAGGAUGUAAUAAAGGUCCACUUCGCCCUCCUGCGAGCCAUUGACCUGAACAUGAUCACUGGAGGAAACGGCCUGGGGAACAUCUUCUUUGACUUCAAGGAAAGGUUGUUGAUCUACGGUCAGUACUGCAGCCACAUGGAGAACGCCCAGAAGACACUGGAUGAGCUAAUAGCAACACGAGAGGACGUCAAGAUUAAAGUAGAGGAAUGCACUUUGAAAGUGCAGGAAGGGAAGUUCAAGCUGCAGGAUCUUCUGGUGGUUCCCAUGCAGAGGGUGCUGAAGUAUCACCUACUACUGAAGGAACUUUUGACUCAUUCAGCGGACCGACCAGAGAGACAACAACUCAAGGAGGCUCUGGAGGCUAUGCAGGACCUGGCCAUGUACAUCAACGAAGUCAAGAGGGACAAUGAGACUCUGAAGAAAAUCAGCGAAUUCCAAAGUUCAAUAGAAAAUCUUCAGCAGGUGAAACUGGAGGAGUACGGGAGGCCAAAGAUAGACGGAGAGCUGAAAGUCUGCUCCAUCGUCAACCGAACAAAACAGGACCGGUAUAUAUUCCUGUUUGAUAAAGUGGUCAUUGUCUGCAAGAGGAAAGGCUAUAGCUAUGAGCUCAAAGAGAUUAUUGAACUGCAGUCGUAUAAAAUGUCGGACGACCCCAUGAACAACAGAGACGUGAAAAAGUCGAGUGGAAAAAUGUGGUCCUACGGUUUCUACCUGAUCCACCUGCAGGGGAAGCAGGGCUUCCAGUUCUUUUGUAAAACUGAGGAGACAAAGAGGAAGUGGAUGGAGCAGUUUGAAAUGGCCAUGUCCAACAUCAAGCCAGAGAGAGCCACAGCCAAUCAGCAUAACUUCCAAAUGCACACAUUUGAUAAGAACACCAACUGUCGAGCCUGCAAAAUGCUCUUGAGGGGCAUCUUCUAUCAGGGUUACUACUGCUCUCGCUGUGAAACAGGAGCACACAAAGAGUGUCUGGAAGUCAUCACCAUCUGUAAAAUCAAUCCUCUUGACUUGGAACCUGGAAUGUCAUCAGGUCCCAAGAUGGUGGCAGUGAGGAACUACCACGGCACACCGGCCCCUAUAGGCAAGGCGGCGCUCUCUUUUCAAACAGGGGAUUUUAUCGAGCUGCUGAAGGGAGAUCCUGACACCAUGUGGUGGGAGGGAAAGCUGAUACAAACACAAAAGAGCGGCUUCUUCCCCAGUUCAUGUGUGAAACCCUGUUUGGACCCAAAGCCCUUUCAGUCAUUAUCCAGCCGGCAGUCCUCAAGGGAAUCAGACUACUAUGGAUAUCCUUGGUUUGCAGGGAACAUGGAGCGCCAGCAGGCCGAUAACCUUUUAAAAUCCCACAGCAGUGGGACCUACCUUAUCAGAGAGAGGACAGCUGAGGCGGAGAGGUUCGCCAUCAGCAUCAAAUUCAAUGAUGAAGUAAAACACAUCAAAGUCAUUGAAAAAGACAGCUGGAUUCACAUCACUGAAGCCAAGAAGUUUGAGAGUCUUUUGGAGCUGGUGGAGUACUAUCAGGCCCAUUCCCUGAAAGAAAGCUUCAAGCUGUUAGACACCACAUUGCGAUACCCCUACAAAUCAAGAGAACGCUCUCUAACGCGGGCCAGCACACGCUCACCAGCAGCCACCUGCGCCUCCUACAACUUCUCCUUCCUCAGUCCGCAGGGCCUCAACUUCUCUUCUCAAAGUUCAGCUCCCUUUUGGUCAGUGUUCACUCCUCAGGUGGUCAGCACAGCAGUGGCCAGGUAUAACUUUGCUGCACGAGACAUGAGAGAGCUGUCGCUGCGUGAAGGAGACAAUGUCAAAAUCUACAGCAAGAUCGGCGGAGACCAGGGCUGGUGGAAAGGAGAGACCAACGGACGAAUUGGAUGGUUUCCCUCAACGUACGUGGAUGAAGAAGGAGUUCAGUGAGGCUUGGAUGUCUGCUGAACUGCUCCCUUUAAAUCAGGAACCAUCUUCUAUCUGCUGCUCUCAGCGGAGAUUUCUCACUAACUCUCCAGGAAAAUAACACAAGGAAAGAAAAAAGAACAUUUUUUGUUGUUUCUGCUGGGUACUCAUUUUUUCAAUGAGUGUUUCUGCCAUGUUUCUCUAUCUUGAAUUAUGCAUCAGCUUUGCUUCUGUUUGUACAUUUUUUUAUGUGGCAGGGUGUCCUGUUUAAGUGCUGUACAGGUAGAGGGAAGACAUGGCUUGCUGUUAGGCUCUGUGUGCUCUGCAGAGGCUUUAUUGAACCGAGGACACAGAAGAAACUGACCGUGGAUCGCUUGAAGAAGGCUCCCCUUUGUUGCAGGUCCAUGCGAGGUGAAAUAAUUGUACAGUAUAGAUAAUUUAUUGAAUAGAGAUUAUUAUCAUUACUAAUGAUUAUUGUGGGGAAGUUGAUUUUAGCAGCAGCAAGAAAUCAGAUAAGAAAAACUAAAAUAAAGGAAAAAAAAAAGACAGAUGCUCUGUUUUAAUGUUGCGAGAUUUUGCCUUAGUUGUCAUGGUUAUGCCUUGUGGACUGACACCAGUGGAGGGAAGCGACUUUGUUGACUGGUUUUACUUCUCCAUGUAUGCAUGUGCCCAUGUGCGGCCCACACAAACAACACACUCAGACCAAUGUAGAGUAUGGUGCCUUUGAAGAAUGGUCGUUGCUUAUACUGAACCUCAACAUCAGCCAGUACAGAACACUGCCGUCACCAAAAAGACAGUUCGUCCACGUCCAGAGGACUUCACCGAGAAGGGGAGAGGCACUUAUACUGAACACCGGGGACGGCUUGCCUCCCGAGACCUAGAAAACAACACGGGGGAAGCAUUUAACUUAUUUUUACCGAUGAUUGGAUGGACUCACAGAGACAGUCGGGCGCUUUUAUAGCCAACAACACAUGCACUGUUCACGUCAAUCUUGGCAUCACGAGACAAUGGGUGCAAUCAGCUGGAUGCAAAAGGGAAACAUCACGACAUUCCACUGGACAACCACUUCACACUUUGAAAUCUUGGGUUUAUUGUAUGAUUUCUAUUGUUUUUGCACAAAACAAAGGUGUUUUUAUGUUGCAAGAACUGGACCGUUUAUCAUUUGAAUCCAAAUUCAGCAAUGUUUUAAUGUCUGCAUGGAGUUUGUUAAAAUUGUUAGGAUUUUUGUACUUUGCCUUAUUUUUUACAGAUUGUCAGGUGACUGGAUCCCCCCCCCCCCAUGUUAAUCA